AUCUCUGUCCGCGAGCUCUCGCUAUCGUCGCACCCGAGCACAUAACUCACCACCGCGACCUUGAAGCCUGCCCUCAAAUAUUUCGAGAGGUUUAAAAGUGGGAAGCGGUUGACACAUCGUCACUCGAGCUCAGGAUGGCUCUCCGAGUGCUUGUUAUCCUUGGCCUGAGCGCCAUCGCGACCCGUGCAGGAAAGCAGUGCCCUCCGGCGAAGGACGAGCAGCCGACGCGGCUGACGCAGCUGACGCAGCUGGUGCAGAUAUCCCAGGGCAGCUUGCUGGGCUCCACCAGCUCCACGGCAGACGGCACCAGGUACUACCAGUUCCUGGGGAUCCCGUACGCCAAGCCACCGCUGGGGAAGCUAAGGUUCCGGGCUCCUGAAGACCCCGAGCCCUGGUCUGGGGUGAGGAACGCUACAGUCCACGGGCCGACGUGUCAGGUCGGGACUGAAGGAGGCUCCGAGAACUGCCUCUUCAUCAAUGUCUUCACGCCACAGUUGGCAACCACUGGAAGUAACUCCUGUCUUCUACCAGUCAUGGUUUACAUCCAUGGCGGGGCGUUUGUGGAAGGCUCAGGAAACAUUUCCCCGGGACACCUGAUGGACUACAGGGUGGUGGUGGCCUCCAUCAACUAUCGUCUCAAUGUAUUCGGGUUCCUGAGCAUCAACGGGACCGACGCCCCAGGGAAUGCAGGUCUGAAGGACCAGUCCGCCGCCUUGAGGUGGGUGCAGAAGAACAUAGCCCAGUUCGGAGGAGACCCGGGCAGCGUCACCAUCUUCGGGGAGAGUGCGGGAGGGGCCAGCGUCCACUACAACAUUCUUUCCCCGAUGUCUAAAGGUCUCUUCCACCGAGCGAUCUCGGAGAGCGGUUCGGCCCUGAACCCCUGGGCCUUCGUCAGGAACAGUGAAGCCCGCGCCCGCCGCCUGGGCGAGCUGCUGGGACACGCGACCAGCAGCGCCCAGGAGCUGCUGCAGGCGCUGAGGGAGGCGCCGGCCGACCAGCUGAGCGGUGCUCUCGGCCAGGUGCUGACCGCCGAGGAAAACGAGCGCCUGCUCGCGUUUCCCUUCGUCCCCUCCCUGGAGUUCCCGAGGAGCGGGGAGACUCCCUUCCUGCCCCACGAGCCGCUCUACAUGGAGCAGCGCGGUCUGUUCAACAAGGUGCCCUACAUCACCGGGGUCACCGCCAACGAGUCGCUGAUCUUUGUUCAGCAGCGGUUCGAGAUGCAGGCUUCCUACUGGCAGCAAAUCAACAACGACCUGGAACAGGUGGUCCCUGUUGAUCUCGGAUUGACCAAGGGUUCUGAUGAAUCUUUGGAGGUCUCGCGGAAAGUCAAGGAAUUCUACUUCGGUGGAGAGUCCAUCUCGGAAGCUACAAUGAGCCGGUGGGUGGCGCUCCAGACGGACCUGUUGUUCGUGACGGGCGUGGUGCAGACCUCGCAUGCCCAUGCCAGACUGUCGACCAGCGCCACCUACAACUACCAGUUCGUGUACGGCAUCGCCUACCACACCAUGGAGCUGGCCUCGGUGCUGUACGGCGGGCAGGUACACGGGCAGAGCUCCGAGGACGCGCGGCUGGCCCGGCUGCUGGGGGGACUGUGGACCAGCUUCUCGAGGACAGGGGUGCCCAGCGUGGAGGGCGAGGUGGCCUGGCAGGCGGUCAGCAAGGGCAGCUUCCCGUACCUGCAGGUCAGCACGACCCUCGCGCUCAAGCGCGACCUGGAGAAGAGGCGCAUGGACUUCUGGUUCGACAUAUACCACAACUACAGCAACUACACCGCCAGUUAGUAGUGUACACUGUCUUAUCUUUAUUUGUUGGUCCUUGUGAUUGGAAUUAUUUAUUUACGGAAUUAAAUAAACUGUUUUCGGUGGUGAAA